ACUCGUCGUGAUAAAGGCGAGUUAAAUGUAAUGAUUAGGUGCAGUUUGAUUCAAUCGUUUUGAAAUGGUCCAAAAAUUAGCUUCGUUACUUUCGGCGAGAAACCUGCUCAAAUUGUGGCCCUCGGAACAAAGCCAGGACGUAAUCAGCAUGGCGUCCAAGUCCUACGGGAGCGGCUCCACGAGACCUUUACUAGUUAUGCACGCUGCGUUGAGUUGGAAGGACGAUUGGGACGAUUUUUGCGUGGACGUCCUUCGUCAUGCGAACCCUCAGCGUAAGAUUAUCAACUUCGAUUUGCGAAAUCACGGCGACAGUCCGCGGUGCGAACCUCACACGUAUCCGUGCAUCGCCGAGGAUAUAAGGCUCUCCUUCACCGAGCACCAACUGAGCAAGGCAGCCAUAUUGGGGCACUCGAUGGGAGGAUUUGGAGGGAUGUACUUCGCGCUGAAAUACCCCCAUCUCGUGGACAGGUUGAUCGUGGUCGACGUCUCACCGGUCAGUACGAAUCUGGCCACAUUACAAAUGGAGGAAUUGCUACGGUUCAUCAUGGACGUCGAAAUCCCAACGCAAAUAAUGCCCUUAAAAGAAGCUCAAGAACGCAUCACGAAACAACUGGGAAACAGUAAAAAGGACAACAGUAUGCGUCAUGUGAUCCUCAACAAUUUCGUGCAGCGGCCCUACGGGUUUGGGUGGCGAACUGACGUGCCGGCAAUCGUGAAUUACCUACGCCACUGGAUAAACUUUCCGGUUGUUCCCGGCAGAAAUUUCGCCGGUCCCACUCUGUUCAUACGAGGAGGAGACUCUCAGUACAUUCCGGAAACGGAUCAUCGGCAAAUCUUGGAGUUCUUCCCGAACGCCGAGGUGCAAACGAUCGAAGGUGCGGGGCACUUCUUACACCUGCAGAAGCCUAAGGAGUUUCGCAGGGUUUGUCUCGAGUUUUUGAAUGUGUGCUAAACCGCAAGCAGCGUUUCAAAAAAUCCAGCUAUAGCGCGUUCGCACCUCCCGAUGCAGGAUGAUCCUUAUGGACAUAUGCUUGCCAAACGAACCACAAACUUGACAUGUCAGAUUAUGUUCAAUUCAACCAUAUGUCAGUUUGGCAACAUUGCGGUAAGGAACAAAGAUAGCGUUAUCGAAGAAUGACGCAAAUUAGAAAGAGUGGCAUUUAGUCCAUAAGACCCCAUACUGCAUCUGGAGAUGCGCACGCAGUAUAGUGCGGAUAGGACGCAUCCAACCAAGCAAGCACCGUGUCAUCAGCAGUCUCUUAUAUUAUUAAUGAUGUAAUUUAGUUAGUAUAACUAUAAUAUUUCUCCGUCGCAGUCGUGAACUUCAUUUUAUUUCGUGCUCCGCGGCCCAUUUGAAAUAAAAAUGAGCUAGAACUAUCAAAAUGUCUAUUUAACAUCUUACUCAGAUUACCUACUGUAUGUACGUUUUUUUUGUAUGAUUAUUAAUAAAA